AUGUCUUUAAAUUGUGACGAUUCGCAAGUUAUGAUCCCAGAGGCCAGUGAUAGUAACUCUUUUGGUAUCACUUAUACAGCACUGGACAACAACAUCCUCGGCGACGACCGGAUCUUAAAACAGUUGCUUCAGAUUGAAGACAAUUAUGUACCGAAAGGAGUGCUCGAAUCGUAUAAAUGUAUACAAAGUGAAGUCGAGCCUAAUAUGAGAAAAAUUGUCUCCAAUUGGAUGCUUGAAGUCUGCGAGGAAACCAAUUGUGAAGAAGUAGUAUUUCCGGUUGCGAUGAACUUUUUGGACAGAUUUCUGGUCUCAACUGAUAUCAGAAAAAGUCAGUUACAACUCGUCGGUGUCGUCUGUCUGCUCAUUGCAUCCAAACUAAGACAAUGCCAGACAUUAGAGCCACACGUCUUAAGCUAUUUUACAGAUUAUUCAGUAACCGUUGAAGAGAUUAUUGCCUGGGAGCUAUUAAUACUUCGUAGAAUACAAUGGGAUGUAUCAUCGGUGGUGGCCACCGAUUACCUUGAUCAUUUGUUCAUCAGAUUGCCAACAAUUGUCUCCAACAACAACAACACCGACAAUACAUCAUCACAUAAUUGUUACGAUUCAAUCAUUAGGAGGCAUUCAUCCACUUUUAUCGCACUGUGCACUACAGAACUUCAGUUUUCAUGUUUGACACCAUCGCUGAUAGCGGCGGCCAGUAUUGCGACCGCAGUUCACGGUUUAGAGUCGACUAAUAAUAAUAAUAAUGAUAAACAAAAUAAAACAUUUGAAACAACUGUACAAUCGUUAUCCAAAAUUCUGGACAUUGAUUCUAGUCGCAUUCGUGUUUGUGUCGACCAAAUUGAGUCUCUGGUCGCUACCCGAGCGGCCGAUUAUCGACAUUGA